AUGACGGUUUCAGUGAUUUCGAAGAAAAGUGUCACAUGGAUCGGGUAGGCUUUUCAGACCAUUUUGGGGGAAAAAACAACGGAAAUCGGAUAGAUUGUGCUCUCUAGUGGAUUUUGACAUGAUCUAGUUGUCAAAAAUCACAGAAAUCGAAGAUCAGUGUGUCAAAACUACUAGAAAGUAUGCUUCACCCCUUAAGAUUUUCAAAUUUCAGACAAAAUCUCGCUGCAAAAAUCGACCAGGAGCUUUUCACCAAAUAUGGAUUCAAAGUUGAGCAGCUGAUGGAACUUGCGGGACUCGCUGCUGCGCAAGCAAUCGCAUCACAUUAUUCGAGAGGUAGGUCAAAAACAUCAGACUGAUAGAUAGAUAAAUAAAUAAAUAAACACACUGUUUUAUUUAUUGUUUUUGAAUGAAAAAUGAUGGAAAAUGGGAGAAAGAACGGAACCGGAAUCAAUAGGAUUAGGUUUUUUAUUUGAAAGACAAAAAACGAUCAUUUUUUGUUCUAGGCAAAGUUGCUGUUCUCUGUGGACCUGGGAAUAAUGGAGGCGAUGGAUUUGUGUGCGCCAGACAUCUUCAACAAUUUGUGAGUUUUUUAAAAAUCAAAAUUAAUUUGUAUAUAAAUUUUCCGGGAAAUUUUAUUGAAAAACUCACUAGGUUAUGUGGCAAAAUUUGCAAUUUUGCAAAUUUUUUAUCACUUCCAAAAUUUUUAAUUCCGUUUUUUUCUGUGGAACUUCAAAUGGACGAAACCAGUUUUCAAAGUCAUCGCGUUUUUCGAUCGGGAAAAAAGCUAUGACGUGGCAAAAAACGUUCUGAAACGUCGAGGACGAACUUUAGUUUGUUUUAGGCUAGAAAAAUCUGUUUGUGUAGCUGGAUUUCAGUCAACUAUUGAAGCCCUUCAAAAAUUGGUCCUAAACGUUUCAGAGCAUUAUUUCCACGUGAACUUCGUGACGUGGAAAACUAGAAAAUCAUUUUGAAAACAAAUGCUUCCACCAAGAUUCAGAAAUCUUUUAUCUAGCAACAAAAACCCACUGAAAACCAAUUUGCAGGGUUUCAAUCCAACAAUAAUCUACCCGAAAGAAUCGAGAAACGAUCUAAUGAAAAAUCUAGUUCAACAAUGUCACACUUCCAACAUCUCAAUUCAUCAAACCCUUCCAAACAAUCUUAAAGACUUCAAUCUAAUCGUCGAUGCACUUUUUGGCUUCUCAUUCAAUCCACCAAUUCGUGAACCAUUCAAUGAAAUUAUCAAAAAUGUGGUGGAAUCGGGUAUUCACGUAUUUUCAAUUGAUAUUCCAUCAGGUUGGAAUGUUGAAACUGGAAUUCCUUCUUCUGCUGGAGAAAAUCAGGAUCAAGCCUAUAUUAAACCACAUGCAGUUAUUUCGCUAACCUUGCCAAAACUAUGUCUACAGAACUGGACCGGGCCUCAUUUUCUCGGCGGCCGAUUUGUACCGCAAGGCCUCGUUGAUGAGUUCAAAUUGGUUAUGCCAAAAUAUCCGGGUUUCGAGCAAAUCGUCAAAAUUGAUGACGUCUAUUGA